UGGGUUAGACCCGGAUUUGUAAAAGCCAUAGCCUUAUAUAGCGGACUUGUCGCUUCUUAGAAGAAAAUAUAAAAUCCAAAACACUUUUUUGACUAAAACUACUACCUCAAUGACCUCUCUGUGUCGCCCUCCCUAUUCUAUAAUAAAAAAUAAAAAAAAACAACUGAUUUUUCCCCCUUAUAUUCUUGAUUAUGUAGCGUCUUGACCCAUAUAUUGAAUCCGAAAUUUCUAGGGUUUCUUGUACCAAUCCAUUUUCAAAUUCUGUUACUUUCUCGUGUCUGUUUCUAUAACGAACCACCGAUUUGUUUUGUGUGCAUAUAUUUUUUUGCUUUUGCGGCAGAAUUUACCAGUUUUGCCUCUGAAUUCGAAGGACAUUUUGACUCAUAAGGAAUGGAACCCUAAGGCGCAAUGAAAAUGGAACGAUUUUGUUAGUUUCUUUCGUAAUUCAAUACAUUUGAUGUGAUGAGGAAGAAGAGGAAAGGAAGUGAAACUGAAGCAAGCGAGGAUGUACAAAAUGAAUUAACACCUACCCAUGAGACGAAAUCAUCAAAUCUCAGGUCCCAUUAUUCUCUAGAAGAUUACAAUAGACUAAAGAAGAGAUGCAAAGAAAAUGCUUGUAGCGAACCCGUUAGUUCUUGCAAAAGUAGGCUUGCAGGCAUUGCUACCGCUCCACCUUUUGGUGCGUCAUCAUCCUUGGUGCCACCUGGAAGAGGUCUCAAAAGGAAAAUUGGGUGCAUAGAUACUGCUACUCAGACAGGUAGAAAGAAUAAGAUUGAGGAUGACUAUGUUGCAGGUGCCACUAUUGGUCGUGGCAAAUUUGGGUCCGUUUGGUUAUGUAAGUCCAAGGCAACUGGAGUAGAAUUUGCUUGUAAGACCUUGCGGAAAGGGGAGGAGACAGUCCAUAGGGAGGUGGAGAUAAUGCAGCACUUGUCUGGCCAUCCUGGGGUGGUGACAUUGCAUGCUGUUUACGAAGAGUCGGAUUGCUUCCAUCUUGUGAUGGAAUUAUGCUCUGGGGGACGUUUGAUCGACCAGAUGAUGGAAGAGGGUCAGUAUUCGGAACAACGGGCUGCUACUAUAUUCAAAGAUGUGAUGUCAGUUAUCAGUUAUUGCCAUGAUAUGGGAGUUGUGCAUAGAGAUAUAAAACCAGAGAAUGUACUUCUCAUGAGAUCAGGAAAGCUAAAGCUAGCUGAUUUUGGUCUGGCCAUGAGAAUUUCAAAUGGUCAGACACUGUCUGGUUUGGCUGGAAGUCCAGCAUACGUUGCCCCAGAAGUUUUGUCUGGCAAUUAUUCUGAGAAGGUUGAUGUAUGGAGUGCUGGUGUCCUCCUACAUGCUCUCUUGGUUGGUGUUCUUCCAUUUCAAGGGGACUCCUUAGAAGCUGUUUUUGAAGCAAUCAAGAACGUAAAGCUUGAUUUCCACGCAGGAUUAUGGAAGUCUGUAUCUAAGCCUGCUCGUGAUCUUGUUUCAAGAAUGCUGACUAGGGAUGUCUCAGCAAGGAUAACUGCAGAUGAAGUGCUAAGGCACCCAUGGAUUUUGUUCUACACAGAGCGCACAUUAAAGAUGCUGUCUAUCAAAUCAAAAUUGAAGAAUCAAGUUGGACCAACUCCUUGCCGACCAGAGGUACAUGGAAACAAAGUAGAAAGUGGCUCUCCUGGUGUGGAUUCAAAUAAUCAUUCGCCAUCCGAUAGUCUAAGCAGCAAGUCAGAAGAGCAGGAUGAAUGCGGUGUGGUGGAUGCAUUGGCGGUGGCAAUUUCUCAUGUGAAGAUUUCAGAGCCAAAGAGGAGCAGAGUCUGCGGGCCUGCAGGCCCAAUAGAGCAGCAGCAUUCAUCUAACCUGACAGCUAACAAUCUCUGUAGAGCAUUUUGAUUCUGACAUGCUAACAACAUUUUCUCCACUGUUUUUUGAAGCUGGGGAUUAAAAUUAACAUGCCCUGGUGCAAUAUACAGUGGGCAAUGAAGGUUACAGGUCGGCUUAGCCAUAUAAUUUCAAGGUGGUGUUUUAUCCUCCAAUGGAUAUGACUGUAAUUGUUCUUAUAUUCGCAAACUAACCUAAUAAUGGUUAUACCCUGAUAAGAAUGAGGAAAUUUAUGUACAGUUUCUUCUGUAAAUAACAUUUUAGCGGGAAAUUUUAUGAUUUAGGUUAUUUCUUUA